UUCCUGCUUCCUCCCUCCCAUCCUCCUCCCUCACUAUAAAAACCCCACCUCUCUCUCUCUCCCCCACAACUGCCUUCUCUUUCCGAAUCCUCAAGUCGGCCUGAAGGAAAAUCUGUCAAGAUGCGUGAGUGUAUUUCUAUGCAUGUUGGCCAAGCUGGGGCCCAGAUGGGAAAUGCAUGCUGGGAGCUUUACUGUCUGGAACAUGGGAUCCAGCCGGACGGGCAAAUGCCCAGUGACAAGACUAUUGGAGGAGGAGAUGAUUCCUUUAACACCUUCUUCAGUGAAACAGGGGCAGGGAAACAUGUCCCACGUGCCAUCUUUGUAGAUCUGGAGCCCACAGUAAUUGAUGAGAUCCGUACUGGCACAUAUCGCCAGCUCUUCCAUCCUGAACAACUCAUCACUGGCAAAGAGGAUGCUGCCAAUAACUAUGCACGUGGACACUACACCAUUGGAAAGGAGAUCAUUGACUUGGUGCUGGACAGGACCCGUAAACUGGCUGAUCAAUGCACUGGCCUUCAGGGAUUUCUCAUUUUCCACAGUUUUGGUGGAGGUACUGGUUCUGGCUUCACCUCCCUGUUAAUGGAACGCCUCUCUGUUGACUAUGGCAAGAAGUCCAAGCUUGAGUUUGCUAUCUAUCCAGCUCCUCAGGUAUCCACAGCAGUGGUUGAACCCUACAACUCCAUCCUGACCACCCACACCACUCUGGAGCACUCAGACUGUGCUUUCAUGGUGGACAACGAAGCCAUCUAUGAUAUCUGUCGCAAGAAUCUGGACAUUGAGCGCCCCACCUACACCAAUCUCAACAGGCUCAUUGGCCAAAUAGUGUCCUCCAUCACUGCCUCUCUCAGAUUUGAUGGAGCUCUGAAUGUAGAUCUAACAGAGUUUCAGACCAACUUGGUGCCCUACCCACGCAUUCACUUCCCUCUGGCCACCUAUGCUCCUGUGAUCUCUGCUGAAAAAGCUUACCAUGAACAGCUAUCAGUUGCUGAUAUUACUAAUGCCUGUUUUGAGCCCUCCAAUCAGAUGGUGAAGUGUGACCCUCGUCAUGGUAAAUACAUGGCCUGCUGUCUUCUGUACCGUGGAGACGUGGUGCCCAAAGAUGUCAACUCUGCCAUUGCUUCAAUCAAGACCAAACGGACCAUCCAGUUUGUGGACUGGUGUCCCACUGGUUUCAAGGUGGGCAUCAACUACCAGCCCCCUACUGUGGUUCCUGGAGGAGAUCUGGCCAAGGUUCAGAGAGCUGUGUGCAUGCUGAGCAACACCACAGCCAUUGCUGAGGCCUGGGCCCGUCUGGAUCACAAGUUUGACCUGAUGUAUGCCAAAAGAGCCUUUGUGCACUGGUAUGUAGGAGAAGGAAUGGAGGAGGGAGAGUUCUCAGAGGCCAGAGAAGACAUGGCAGCUCUUGAGAAGGAUUACGAAGAGGUGGGCACUGAUAGCAUGGAGAAGAAGAUGAAGAAGGAGAAGAAUAUUGAAGAGGAAAAAACGACAAUGACCAAUAAAAAAUAUGCAGUCAUCUGAGUGGCCAAAAUGAACAGAUUCAGAAACAACAUUCCAGAUCACUGUUAUGGUAAAUACAAGGUCUGCUAUGUUUUUGUAACUGAAACAAUUAAAAAGAAAUGGGAAAGUGAA